UGUGAUUUUUAGCAUAAAAUUGGUGGAAACAGGUGUGGAAACAUCCGCGGGAUAGUGGAGACAUUGAAGUCCACAUCGCUUUCUCUGGACGUAUGCUUUCUGAUCGGACCUAAAGCGGCUUGCAGGGCUGAGCACAUAGAGAGAUGCAGACAGCUGCGUUUUCUUGCAGGGGGAGUGUUGCGGGCGCCGGGAUAUCAAGCAAAGGAAGGGGUUCUACGGGGGUUUAUGCCAUUCGUGAGAGAGGAUUGGGGCAUAAGACGGCUUUGUUGAUGCCCGUAAGGAGGUUUUGCUUCGGGGAGGCGCGGAUUGGAUCGAUCGAGAUGAGAUUAACUCGGAUGAGGACGGGGAUGGAGAAAGUCUUUAGACCGACAGGGAAAGCUGGAUCAAUCCGUGCUCACGCAGCUGGUGAUCCUAAGGAUAUCCCUUCGAGUAAACUUCAAGAGAAAUCUUCUGGGACCGUUUUGCCAUAUGUUGGCAUUGCUUGUUUGGGUGCCAUUUUGUUUGGAUAUCACCUUGGAGUUGUGAAUGGCGCUCUAGAAUAUCUUUCUCGGGAUCUUCUUAUUACUGAAAAUGUUGUCCUACAAGGAUGGGUGGUUAGCACGUUACUUGCCGGUGCUACAGUUGGUUCUUUCACUGGUGGAGCAUUGGCUGAUAAAUUUGGUCGAACUCAAACUUUUAAGCUUGAUGCAAUUCCAUUGGUAGUUGGUGCCUUUCUCAGUACAACUGCUCAAAGCGUGCAUGCAAUGUUAAUUGGUCGGUUAUUUGUUGGAAUUGGGAUUGGAAUCACAUCUGCAGUUGUUCCACUUUACAUAUCAGAGAUAUCGCCAACUGAAAUCCGUGGAGCACUUGGAUCUAUUAACCAACUUUUCAUUUGUAUUGGAAUUCUUGCUGCUCUAGUGGUCGGGCUUCCAUUGUCAGGAAACCCUCUAUGGUGGCGCUCCAUGUUUGGUAUUGCAAUCAUUCCAUCAAUUCUGUUGGCACUAGGGAUGGCUAUCUCCCCUGAGAGCCCCCGUUGGCUUGUUCAGCAAGGAAAAUUUAGUGAAGCGGAAAAUGCUGUAAGGACCCUCUAUGGAAAAGAAAGGGUUGCUGAGGUUAUGUAUGACCUUAAAGCAGGAGCUCAAGGUCGCACAGAGCAAGAUGCUGGUUGGUUUGAUCUUUUCAGUAAGCGGUACUGGAAAGUUGUAAGUGUGGGGGCAGCAUUAUUCUUGUUUCAGCAGUUAGCUGGAAUAAAUGCGGUGGUCUACUAUUCUACAUCUGUAUUUCGAAGUGCUGGUAUUGCUUCUGAUGCUGCAGCUAGUGCUUUGGUUGGAGCAUCAAACGUCUUUGGCACUGCCGUAGCAUCAUCAUUGAUGGACAGGAAAGGAAGGAAAAGCCUUCUCUUGUUUAGCUUUAUUGGAAUGGCUGCUUCAAUGCUGCUUCUUUCUUUGUCAUUCUCAUUGAAAGCUCUGGCACCUUAUUCUGGAACACUUGCUGUUCUCGGGACGGUUCUCUAUGUGUUGUCCUUUUCACUUGGUGCUGGACCAGUACCAGCUCUUCUGCUCCCUGAAUUAUUUGCUUCCAGGAUUAGAGCCAAGGCAGUUGCAUUGUCUUUGGGUAUGCACUGGAUUUCCAACUUUCUGAUUGGUCUCUUCUUCUUGAGUGUUGUGAACAAGUUUGGUAUUAGUGCUGUUUAUAUGGGGUUUUCUGGGGUUUGUCUGCUGGCUGUUCUGUACGUAGCAGGCAAUGUGGUUGAGACAAAGGGCCGAUCUUUAGAGGAGAUUGAGUUGGCCCUCAACCCCUCAGUUUGAGUUUAUGCGUUAACAAUUCAAAUCAGUACACAAUCUGUUUAUGACGCUUGUAACAAACUGUUAAAAGCCAGUCAAUAAUUCAAAAAACUUUGUUUCGGGCUCCUUUGAUUGCUCCAAAUUCGGAAACCAAGGAUUAGCUUGAAAAACACAGUAGUUUUCGACCACAUUCUACUUUUCAGAGAUUUGGAAUGAUGUAUCG